AUGCGCUCGUCGGAGUCGAGGAACGAGAUGGACGCCGGCAGCCUGAGCGAGCCGGUCAUGUUCCGGAACCUCUUCCUCGAGUGGCUCCGCGGCUUGCGUCUCGACGAGGGCGGCGCAGGCUCGGCGCCCAAGCUCGCGAGCGCGGGCUCCGUCCAGCGCCACGUGUUCGUGAAGCACUCCUCGAGCUUCCAGCAGCGGUACGCCGUGAUGCCCAAGCGGCUGACCCAGCUCCAUCGGCCCGCAGUGGUGGACGUCGCCCAGAGGACCCUCGAGUUCUUGGAGGUGAACGAUGGCUCCGACGGCGUGGUGCGGAGCCCGGCGCGGGCGCGCCUCGAGGCCCUGCUGAAGCGGCUCGGCGUCAUGCCCCAGAUGCCGCGCCAGAAGGCUGCGGAAGGCGAAGCCCCGCGGCCCCCGACCGUCUCGGCGGAGGCGUCCCUUACCGCGGCCACGAGGAGUACGCCGAUGCCGCUGGAGGAGCUGUUCUGCCAGGACCACCUGGUCCUCGUCACCGCUGUCGUUGCGGCGUUCGCGCCGCUGUACGCCCACGGCAUCCUGCGGGGCGUGGAACACAGCUGCGGCGUCCCCGGCCCGCCUAUCGAGUACAGGGCUCCCGCCGCGCUGGACCACGGCGCCGGGGCGGCGGAACCGGCCGCGGUUCAGGUCCGGCAGGCCCCCGCGGUGGUGGUGCCGGCGGAGCCGCAGUACGCGAGGCUGCAGUCGAUGGUGCUGCGGGAGGCGGAGGAGCUGGGCAACCCCCGGGACUGCUUCUGCGUGCCGCAG